AUGGCAGCCGGAGCUCCUGUGAAUGGCCUUCAAGAUAUGACUCUCCAACGUCGACAAAAGCUUAUGGGUGCCAGUGGCCCAGCAGCUUUAUAUAUUGGAAUGGGUGCUUGGGUUGGAACACUUCUAAAUGGGUUUAUGGCAGAGGCGGCGAGGAGAAAGUAUGGAAUUUUGAUCGCUACCGGCGUCAUAAUUCAAGCCACCGCCAUUUCCGUCGGCCCUUCCGCCAUCGUAGGCGGCCGAUUCAUUACCGGAGUGGGUGUUGGAAGUCUGAGCAUGAUAGUACCCAUGUACAAUGCCGAAGUCACCGCCCCUGAGGUCCGAGGCUCUCUAAUAGCCCUCCAACAACUAGCCAUCUGCACCGGUAUAAAGAUAUCCUUCUGGAUCGAUUACGGCACAAAUUACAUAGUGGGAACUGGUGCAUCGCAAUCUGAUGCAGCCUGGCUCGUACCUAUCUGUUUGCAACUUUUCCCAGCUGUGAUUCUUUUUGCUGGUAUUCUCUUCAUGCCCUUCUCGCCUAGAUGGUUAGUACACCAUGGAAGGGAAGGGGGGAUCAGAAAAGAGAUCAAAGCACAGAGUUUAUUUGAAAAGAGAUCGGUUGCAGAAUUAUGGCCAGGUCUUCAAGAGUUGACCUGGAUGAAUACUGCAAAGUUACAAUUUGUGGCGAUAGGAAGUCUAUUCAAGACUAAAGCGAUGCUGAAGAGAGUGGUAGUGGCUACUGUUACCAUGUUCUUCCAGCAGUGGACGGGCAUCAACGCAAUACUCUACUACGCCCCCACCAUCUUCGCCUCGCUAGGCCUCCUCUCCAGCAACACCGUCACCCUUCUCGCCACGGGCGUCGUCGGCAUCGCCGAAAACCCCAUUCUGAACAUCGGUUCUAUCGGCAUGACCACAUGUCAUAUAAUCAUCGCGGUCAUCAUUGCAAAGAAUCGAGAUUCAUGGGAAGACCACAAAGCCGCCGGCUGGGCAGCCAUGGCUAUGGUUUGGCUCUUCGUAAUCCACUUCGGCUACAGCUGGGGUCCCUGCGCCUGGAUCCUCGUCGCGGAAAUCUGGCCCCUCUCCAACCGUCCUUACGGCAUCGCCCUCGGCGCCUCCUCAAACUGGAUGAAUAAUUUUAUCGUAUGCCAGGUUACCCCCGAUAUGUUGAGCGGCAUCUCCUACGGUACCUAUAUCAUUUUCGAAUUAUUGACGUAUAUGGGGGCUGCGUUUAUAUGGUGGGGUGUGCCUGAGACGAAGAGGCUGGGUUUGGAGGAAAUGGACCUAGUAUUCGGAAGCGAAGGAGUGGGCCGCAACGAUAUCGCGAGAAUGGAAGGAAGCGGAUACCAAUGGUGA